UUGUCCCCGGAAAUACGUCAUCGUGGUGAGGCGGAAAAAUAGAUCCAGCACAUGAGGGUUAGAAAUAUCUGCUAGAAUCCAGCUUUUCUUUCUCCUGCGGCUUUUAAAUCGGCGGCUUUCUGCGGGAAGACAUGGAGGGCACUGACGUCAUCAAACUUCCACUGACCGUGGAUAAAAAGUCUCUUAACAAGAGGAGCAGAUCUCCGACGUUGGACCCGGAGGGAGAGGAGCGACUGCGGCGGCAGAACGUGAAGAAGCUGGCGGUUCUGGGAGAAGAGGACGGCUCUGUGAAGCAGCUGGAGACGCUGGUGUUCGGGACGGAGGACGACCUGCUGGACAAGCUGCUGGAGGAGGAGGAUGAGGAGCAGACCAGCUGUUUGCUGCUGGACGACGAAGAGGGGGGGGAUGAAGACUCUGAGGGGGACGAAGAGCCGCGUCAGCAGCUGGAGUCCAGGAAAGCCGCCUGGGUGGACGAAGACGACGAGCUGGAGGAAGAGGUGGACAUGAGGCACCGUUUCCGUAGAAACCUGAUGAAAGGAGAAGCAGAGACCAUCAUGUCCAAACAGAAGCUGCAGCAGAGGAUGAAGGAGCAGUUCCAGAAGUCGAUGGGCGGGACUCCAUCCUGGGCUCAGAGCAGCCGACAGAAACUCAAGAAGAAGAAGAAAGCUCAUCCAGAUGAUGAAGAGGAGGAGGAGGAAGAGGAGGACGACGACAUGCUGCGGAGGACGGGAAACUUUGUGGCGUCCUCAGAAAGUCUCCCCAGCGGCAUCCUGAGGAUGAAGAAGUGUCUCCACGCCAACAGCGCCCGUCCCUCAGAGGACAAACUGACCACGGUGCAGUUCCACCCCUCGGCUCAGGUCGUCAUGACGGCGGGAAUGGACCGCUCCAUCUCCCUCUUCCAGGUGGACGGUAAGACCAACCCCAAGAUCCAGAGCAUCCAUCUGGAGCGGUUCCCCGUCCACAAGGCGCGCUUCAGCCUGGACGGCGAGACGGUGAUCGCCACCAGCCUGAGGAACAAGAUGUUCUACCUGUACGACAUGAUGGAGGGCCGGGUGGUGCCGGUCCACAGCGUCAGGGGGCUGAAUGAAGCCAGAGUCAAGGAGUUUUCCGUGUGUCCUGAGGGGGGCGCCCUGCUGCUGACCGGCACCAACGGAUAUCUGCACCUGCUCACGCUGAAGACCAAUGAGGUCGUCCGCAGCAUGAAGAUCAACGGUGAUGUCAGCGGCGCCGCCUUCUCUCACGACGGCAGCAAAGUCUUCGUAAACUCAGAGGACGGCGAGGUGUACGUGUGGGACGCGCGCAGCAGCCGCUGCAUCAACAGGUUCACGGACGACGGCUGCGUGAAGGGGACGUCCAUCGCCGCGUCGCCCGACGGCCGCUACCUGGCCUGCGGCUCUGAGGCGGGCGUGGUCAACAUCUACUCCCAGGAGGCGUGUCUGAGCUCGUCCAAUCCGGCGCCGCUCAGGGCGGUGAUGAACCUGCUGACCUCGGCCACCGCGCUGAGCUUCAACCCCACCUCCGAGAUCCUGGCCAUCGCCUCGCGGGCCGAAGACGAGGCCGUGCGGCUGGUCCACCUGCCCAGCCUCAGCGUCUUCUCCAACUUCCCCGUCGCCAAGAGGAAGAUCGUCUAUCGAGCCAGCUGCCUGGACUUCUCUCCUCACAGCGGCUUCUUCUCAUUGGCCAACAACAAAGGCCACGCCCCCCUGUUCAGGUUGCUGCAUUACAAAGACUUCUGAGGGCCGGAACCGCGAGAAGUUCUGCAGAACAUCUGGAUGGAACCGGACUCUGGAACCGGACCUGGAAGAACCUGUUUGGUUCGGAUCAGUCGGACCAACAGGAACCAGAACUCUGUCAUCACUUGCUCUGUUUGUAUGAUGACUUUAUAAAAGAGUUUUUUAUCAGAAGGUGAUCCGGUUGUUUUCCGUCUCCAGAACCGAUGCGUUUGUUUCAUGUCAUUCCGGUUAGUUUUAGAUUCUGACCCGAACCAGAACCAUCAGUGAAUCCAGACCAGAAUAGAUCCGUUUCCAGUAAAGAUCCAGGAGGUUCUGAUCGUCUCAGAACCGGGUUUUUAUCCUGAACGCUGUUCUGAUCAAUCAGGGUUUUCAGAACCAGCAGUUUCUGGUUUUAGGCCCGUUUGAAAGUUUCUGAUAAUCAGGAUCUGAUCUGACCUUCAUCAUCAUCAUCAUCAUUAGUGAAGAAGCUGCAGAGCUUCAAACUUUCCCAGAUCUGUUCCUCAUUAAUGUUACAGAUUAUUAAAUAAUAAUAAAAACAUGAAAAGAGCGACUCACCUUCUCCAUCAUUAAUAAGCCGCCAUUUUCUUAAAAACCCGUCUUUGAUGAAUGAAGUCACCACAACAUAACGGAUCAAUUGUUUUUAUGCUGAAUAAAUAAAUUACAUUUUAACUUUUUUUUUUCUGCUGUUUUUAAUUCUGCCUUUGCUUAAAUUGAUGUAACAGAACAGGAAGCUGUUGGUUCCCUGAUUAGAAGAAUAAAACAAGCGAGUCUGAGUU